AUGGCGGAUGACAGCCUUCUCGACAAGGUCCACGCCUUGAGUGACCUCGAGCUGGCCUUGCUUCUCUGUCUCAUCAGUCGCGAACAUUGCCUCGUGAGCACCCCGUCGGAUGCCAUCGACGACCUCAUACAAGAGCUCCAACUGGUAGCCACCAAGACCUUUGGCCUCAGCUGGGUCGUCGUCAAUUGCACUCCCUCCACUACGCUCGAAGAUUUCGCCGCCGCUCUCAUCAUCGGCCACCAACCCUCCUCCGGCCGCUCUACCUCGCCCUCGCGCAACCACCCAGACUCGUACUUUACGUCACGGCCAUCCUCGUCGCAUCCACGCACACCACUUAGUCCACUGUCACCAGGUGGCGGCGCCUUUUCCUCGCGAAUAGCCAACGUCAUCCUCGCCAAGAACCUCGACCGAGCACCUCAGGCAGUCCAGAUCCAAGCUCUAGAGCUCCUGCGUACACGCCGCAUCUUCACUCGAACGUCUGUCCAGACGGCUCCGAAGCAGUUUGUGUUUAUACCAGUGUUGCAGGCAGCCAGUGGUGGAGAGGCUCGUGUAACAGCGCACCUCAACGACUUUUUGUACAUCGCAUAUUGGCAUGAUCCAGAAGACGGAUUUGUCAACCUCGAUGAGGCGGAUGUUGAUGAUGCAGACACAGCAUCAACGCAAAGUGUACUGACCGUAAAACAGGAGAUCAGCCACUUGGGAACACUGAGCCAAGAGGCCAAGGUUGAUAUCGAAGUCACCCGCUACCAGAUGAACAUCGUCUCAUUCCUCCGUAUGCAUCGAGCCGUUGCUGGAGGCAUCAGCCCGACGGCCACCAAGCACUUUGGUCAGCUUAUGCGCUGCCUAGCCGCCCUGCAUCGUCUGGACUUUGUUACUCCCGCACUUGUUGGCCUCGCUGCUCACAAGAUCUAUCUACAUCGUAUCCAACUGACGCUUCCUGAAAAGGAGAGAAGUAUGCAAUGGGGCAGCAAGGUGGAAGCCGUAGAAGCCCUCUUAGAAGACAUUGGCCCAGAAGAUGUCGUCGAAGAUGUGCUUGGCAUGGUGACCGCGCCGCUCUGA